AGUGACACAGGCACAACUGACUGUGGCAGAAGCUCAGCUGACAAGGACUGGGGACAGCGGUGUCCUUGUCUUGCCUUUGUCGCCCCCGCCCCCUCUUCCCUGGCUAGACCUGCGGAGUGCCCGCCGAAGAACCUGAGGAGCCAUAUAUUGAAGACCAUGUCUGGAAGCUUCUACUUUGUAAUUGUUGGUCACCAUGAUAAUCCAGUUUUUGAAAUGGAGUUUUUGCCAGCUGGGAAGGCAGAAUCCAAAGACGACCAUCGUCAUCUGAACCAGUUCAUAGCUCAUGCUGCUCUCGACCUCGUAGAUGAGAACAUGUGGCUGUCGAACAACAUGUACUUGAAAACUGUGGACAAGUUCAACGAGUGGUUUGUGUCAGCAUUUGUCACUGCGGGGCAUAUGAGGUUUAUUAUGCUUCAUGACAUAAGACAAGAAGAUGGAAUAAAGAACUUCUUUACUGAUGUUUAUGAUUUGUAUAUAAAGUUUUCAAUGAAUCCAUUUUAUGAACCCAAUUCUCCUAUUCGAUCAAGUGCAUUUGACAGAAAAGUUCAGUUUCUUGGGAAGAAACACCUUUUAAGCUGAAUGGAGAAAAUUCCAAAAUAAAUGAUGUCACCACAAUGGUGUAUAUUCAGGAAUGUGUACAUUGUAAAUUCCUUGAUUAAAUAGCCUGGAACUCUUUUGUGUA